UCACAUUCAGAUUAAGAUACAAAAGAGUAGGGAAGGCUUGCUAAGGUUAUGAUCGUUUGUACUGCUUGCCAAAACAAUCUAUUUAAACUUACUUGUUUAUUCUAGAUGUGUUGAUUUAAUGACUGUAUAUUAGCACUUUCAUCCGAAGCAAUCCAUAAGCUUUUUUUCGCCACAAUUUACCUUUUUUAUAGGGACGUGACUAUUCUUGGCGGCGAUUGAUAUGUCAUUGUUAAGAUGUGGAAGUGUCAUAAAUGUGGAAAACCUGUGUAUUUUGCUGAGAGAAAACAGUCUUUGGGUUAUGACUGGCAUCCAGAAUGUCUUCGAUGUGAGGAAUGUGGGAAAAGGUUAAACCCUGGUCAACACGCUGAGCAUAAGGGUGUACCUUACUGCCAUGUGCCAUGCUAUGGCGCUCUCUUCGGACCUCAACUCUUUGGUCAUGGGACCAGAGUUGAGUCCCAUACUAGCUUUGGGAAGGUUGAAAAUCGUUCAGGGAUCCCAAAUUUACCGAGGUCUCACCUUGACUCAAAACUAAAAGUUUUCAAUCAAUAUUAUGAAGGCAAAAGUGGAAAAGUGCAUAGCAGGGAGGUGAAUGGACGUUUAGUUCUGGAAGGAGCUCUCAGAAUUUACUGGGGAGUUGUUGGAGUCAUUCACUUGAAAGAAGAGUAUGAUCAGAGAACUGUUGUCACUGUUAGAAAAAGAAAUUCUUACAGAUACAGCAAUGGUAAUUUAAGUAGGUAUCUCAAUGGCAAAGCCAGAAGUGAUACUACUGGCAGUGACACAACAUCUUGCAGUAGCUCGUCCGCGAGCUCUCCUAUGACUUCACCUAUGAGCUCCCCUCAUGUUUCGCCUGUUCAUUCAAAAGCGGCUCCUCUUGAUGAUUCAUCAUCUUCAACCAAUUCUUGCUUUGAAUACAAAAGCAGCACUCUUCCAGCAAAAUUGGAUUUGAAGGAUAUUGAUUGGGAUGACCUGGAUGAUCUUCUUCAGGUGGAACGGCGUGUAGAGGAAGGAGACAAGCGCUAUCAGACCAUGCCUGUUGGUCUGCAUACGGUGUCCUCUCCUGAGUCAUAUGAAUCCAGUACGUCUUCAACACCACGUGCUCCUCUGACUGCUCAAUCAAGUACAGAAUCAACAGAAUUACCUCUUGAUAAUGCAAACUGCAAAUCUGAAUCUCAAGAUAGUCCUGCAGCUGCUCAAAAAGAAUUUUCAGAAGAUGAGAGUGAUAAAACAAAAGUUGAAGAACUGUCAACAUCAACUAAAUCUUUAAACUGUUAUGUGGAUGAUGAUGAUACUGAUUCUUACUCAAAAUGCUUUGAAGAUAACUUGGAAGCUGAUAAACGAAUGUCCAGGUCCCAAAGUAUGCCACCAGAUUACUAUGCUGAUGGGGAUGUUUGGGCUGAUGACGAUGCUGAUGAUGAUGAAUCAGAUUUGACCGACCAAGCUCUGGAUCGUUCACUCAGUGUCCCUGAAUCUCCUAGUAGCAGCAGUAGUGGAUUGGGGGACUCUUGCGCUAGCGAUAUUCAGUGUAGGCGGAAAGCGGCAAAAACCGGAUCUGCUGCCAUUCGCCGGCGCCCCGGUCGACGACGCUCACGAACGAAACUGAGGAGGAGAUGCUCUAUCAACGGCCAUUUUUAUGAUCGUGAAACGAGUUUCUUCACUCCCCCUCAUGGAAGCAGCACUAGUGUUUGGGUCACCUCCCUUGUGUCAACUCAGGAAGUGGUCAAUUUAAUGCUGGACAAGUACAGAGUGGACAGCAAACCCGAUAAUUUUGCUCUGUUUGUGGUUUAUGAUAAUGGAGAACAGAGACGACUGCGAGAAGAUGAAUAUCCUUUAGUGACUCGCAUACUUCUUGGACCUCAUGAGGAUGUUGCUAGAAUUUUUAUUGUUGAUCGACACAGCACAAGUGAAGUGAGCAAUGAAGUUGCUCAAUUUUUGAAUCUUUCGGUCGCAGAGUGCUCUGCUAUCAUUGAAGUGUAUCAAAAAGAAGAAGACAAACAAGUACAGGCUGUACAAGCAAGGUAUGCAGAACUUCGGAAGAGAAUAAAACAGAGAAUGGAUGAACUCAAGGUGCGACUUUGAUGUUCAUUCUCAAUCUCUCAGAAACCUUAUCAAUGUUAGAAUUUAGUGAAACGCAAGCAAAUAUGUGUUGCUCUAAUAAAAGCUUAGUUGUGCUGUAGUGCACUUUACCAUGUAAUGUCAAACUGCUUUUCUUGUUGUCAUUGUAACUCAAUUAUUGUUGUUCAAAAAGUUAGAUGUUGAUGCAUUUAUACAUUGUAGACAUUUCACUCUUAAUAUUGCUCUCUUUAUAUCUUCUAUGAUAUUUAUAGUUUCAUAUGUGAAAAGUAUUAAAGAGAACAUACCGGUAGCUGUAUCUUAUGAAAAGCUGUGAAUUAAUUGGAAGGUUAUGCCGCUAUAACUACUACAAUCUAGUAGGGGUGUUAAAACCUUAUUGGCCAGUUUCUGUUUGAAUAAUUGUCACUAUAAUUUAUUUUGUCUGUGAUGCAAUGUAAAGUCAAAACAAAUAUUUAAGAUCUUGAAUUGAGGAAUUAUUUGAAUAUUGUAUCAAUUAUAUAUUGUGAAUUUGAGUUUGGUGGAAGAAAGAGCUCAAACUGUAGAAACUA